AUGGAUCAUCCGGAAGGCAAUGGGAAGAGCACUUUACCGCUGGCAAUUUUGAACCUGGUGUCUUAUCGAGGUUCUAUAAAGAUUGACGGGCGGGAAGUGCGUGACAUCCCGCCCGAUGUUUUGAAGAGGAGGAUCACCGUCGUCACGGAACGUCCUAUCUUGAUUCCUGGAACGGUUCGUCAGAACCUUCUGCCCGAGGAAUUUAUCGUGGACCCUGAAGACCCUGAGCCGGCGAUGAUUGCGCUUGAGCAUAUUUUGGGCCGCCUUGAGCUCUGGGAUACGCUCAUAGAACAGGGUGGCAUGACAACUGACAUAUCCAAGAUUGUCUUUUCCGAAGACCAGUGGCAGAGAUUCUCGCUAGCGCAGGCGUUGACCACACAUCUGUACCAGCAAAACAAGAUUGUCAUUGUCAAUAAUGUGACGAGUCAUGUCAACGAGGCAUCACGAGCAGUUAUGCAAGAGGUCAUGAAUGAAAGCUUUGGCAAGUGCACACGGAUUAUCACUGGUCACAUGCCUUCAGCGGUACGAGGUGCUCAUAUACUUUAUCUGGUAAGGAAUAGGCGCGUCAUUCCCCAUGAGGAGGUAAUAGCAGCGGCAAAUAAUGCAGCCUCAUCGUCUGGGGGCUCUGCACCGAAUCAGCCGCCUCCAGCGCCUGGUCAGGCAUCCGGUUCAACACCACGACAGAAAAAGCAGACUCAUCAGCAGCCGCAAGCCGAAGCUUCGGGAUCACAACCUCGACAGUCAACAGAAGCGUCUGGUUCACGCACCCAGCAGACUCAUGCACCUGCGGAAGCAUCUGGCUCUGGAUCACGGGCUGCUCAACCGACUACUUCCUCAAGUACCGAGCACCCUACGACAUUGUCAUCAUCGUCUUCUGGAACUACAUCGCGGGCUCGUCGACCUGCACCACAGCCGCAAGGGUCUGCGCGCGGCAAACAACCGCAAUACGAUCAGCGGCCACCGGCGGCGACCUACCGACAGCCUGUCCCACUGGCUUUCCACAAUCCACCGCCACCGAGAACUACAGCAGAGACGAAUCAGCCCCCAUCAAAAUAUUAUGAGAAGCUGAGGGCAAUGCGCGUGGUGCCUCCGGCUCCAGCAGGUUAUCCUGCAUCCGCAACAGCGCAGCCUCGCCAACCGCAGUCGAGGGGACCUUCGAAAGAAGACAUGGAGAUGAUCAAAGAGUUUCUAGCUUUUGUCCAGAAACCAGGGCGGCGGGACAUGAGCCUUGACGAGUAUCUAGAUCUUCGGCGGCAUGACCCUAGAGCUCAGCAUGCUCGACGAUGGGGACCAAACUCCAGAUGA